AUGCAAUCGUAUUUCUCAAAAGAGAAGAUGUUGCUGAUCUCAAGGCCUACAGACCAAUUAGGCUGUUGUCUCAUGUAUAGCUACAAAUACUUCACCAAAAUCCUAAUGAAACGUUUUAAGAGAGAUGAGAGAAUAUUAUAUUUCUUUCUUUGCGACUGGCGAUGCUUAUGGUGUCACGCAACUGUUCAUACGCACUGCAGGUUAAACACGCAAAAACAGUGUCCGUUAGGUCCUGCUAGAGUCAGUGUGGUUCCUCCUACAGCUCUUCAUUCGGUACAAGAUGAAGCUUGGGAAGUUGUUCGACCACAGGCAUCUAGUCCGCUUUUGGUAUUCGUCAAUUCUAAAUCAGAAAAAAAGACAAUGCCGAAAGAGUCCGCCGAAGCUUCUGUUUCUACAGUUAAUUCGCAUAUUUUUCAAGUCAGACCUCCAGAAUUUGAUCCAGAAGUAUUUGAAUUUUCUACAUGGUUCAUUAAAUUUGAAAAUUUUUUGGUUUUGAGCUCAAUUACUAAUGAAGAUUUGAGACGUGCUUUAUUGAUUGAUUCAUUGGGAACAAGACCAUUUCAUACUUUAGUAUCAUUAUGUUUGCCAAAAUCCCCAAAAGAGUAUACAUUUCAGCAACUUAUUGAUAAAUUAGAUGCAAACUAUGGUCGGGUGACUUUUAUUUCUACAGAAAGAUUUAAAUUCUUUUCAAACAGACAAGCAAAGGGACAGUCAUUAAACGAUUUUGCAAAUAGUUUGAAGGAUGUUACAAAAAAAUGUGAUUUCCCUAGUAAUUUCUAUGAAGAUGCUUUGAUAACAGCAUUUUUGACGGGUAUUCACAGCGAUUCAAUUAGAAAGCAACUCCUUCAAAAAGAUUUAAAACGGUUUUCAGAAGCGCUGGAGGCAGCUCGUACAAUUGAAGGAUUAUUAUGCAAUAAUGACAAUAAUAAUCACCUAACAUUGGAAACAAAUAAAAUAAAUCGCAUGCCGUUCCCUCCAAGGAAUAAAAAUCCAAAUAAUACCAAUUCUUCUUGCCAUUCUUGUGGAGGGAUGCAUUUACGUUCCAAUUGCCGUUUCAAGGAUGCCAUUUGUAAUAAAUGUUCUACCAAAGGACAUAUUGCUAAGGUCUGUCGAAAGUCAACGUAUCCAUCCCGCUCUUACGAACAAAAUAACAGAGUUAAGCCUCAAGCUCAAGGCUUCCGGCCAAGGAAAACACAUAACGUUUUUGAGUCUACUGGGAAGCCCGAAGAGAAUUUAGUAGAUGAUUUUGAUAUUUUGGAGAUUAAUAAAAUACAUGCAUUAAAUAAAAUUCAUGCUCCAGCGUUAAAAAUGCCAGUUUACAUAAAUAAUAAACUCAUAGAAUUCGAGUUUGAUACAGGGAGUUGUGCAACCAUUGCCAAUGAAGAAGUUUGGGAAUUGGUAGGAAAACCUGAUUUAGUGCCUCCUUCUGCUACCUUAUCUAGUUUUUCCGGGCAUACCAUUGAUCUUAUGGCAACCAAAGCUUCACCCAGUGAAUUGUUUCUUGGAAGGCAAAUACGAACUACGUUGGAUCUGGUUAAACCAGCCAUUAAUAAAAAAACGGAAUUUCCCGCUAGUAGAUUUAAAAUUGGAGAAACGGUUUGGGUGAAAAUGUUCAAAAACCUAAACACAUAUUCUUGGGAAAAGGGAGCUAUUUUAGAACAAAUAGCAACCAACGUAUGGAAAAUUGAAGUUAAUGACAAAGAAGUCAAAAGACAUUCAAAUCAGAUAAAAUACUACAAGGGAUCGAAUAAUGGUAGUGAGGAGGAAAUAGAAUUGGAACUGCCAGUGAGAGGUUCCAAAACGGGUUCUCCUGUAAGAAAUAACAGACGGUCCUUGCCAAUUGCUCUUCGUAAACCUAAAAGGAAUUGUGGACCUCCUCAAAGGCUAGGUUAUCAGCCAGAGGAAGAGGAGGAAGAAGAAGAAGAGUAA